UGAUGAUUUACAGGACUCCGACACACAUACUCACUCAAGCUUGAAUGUAAUUUCUGAGGAUUACAUGGGUCAUUCCUGUUAUAAUAGACUGUAGAUUCGGUUUUCCCAUUGAAAUCAUAAUAAUGAAGGGAAACAAUGUUUUAAAAAAAGAAAAGUCUUCUAAGGGAUUCAAAAUUUAGUUGCUAGUGUUGUAAUAUUGUGGAAAUAUUUCCCUGAAAUGACCUUUGUGUUCUGCUGCGGGAACUUUUUGCAUGUUCUCUGCUGAAAAAGCAGUCACAGCGAAGCCUCCGUAGAUUUCAUCACAAAUGAGGCUGUAAAGCAGAGCAACAGCUGUAUCCACAGCUGCAUCCUCCUGCUCUGGCCAUUUGGGGGUGCUGUACAGAUCAGUGCUCGCUUCAGGUCCUUUUCUCCUAGUUCGGAAGACAGAAAUUCUUUGUCGGCAUCUGAUUGCAGCUCUGAUAUUAACAUGCGCUCAAUCCAGAUUCCUGAAGAGGGAGUUUACCCACAUUCUUUGGACUUAAUCAAACAAGAUCAGUGAGACUGUGUCCUCUACAUGACCAAACUAUGCAGCAGGUAUUGAUUUUGCUGUGGAACUGGGGAAUGGUGAGCUCAGACAAACCAGAUGAAAGAAGAUGUGUGGAAGGGAUGUGGACCUUUGCAUGGAAAGAGAAAGCACUCUUUUAACUCCGUGUGGUGGAGUUAGAAACUUGAUGUACGUUCUGUCUUACUGGAUCGAUUUCACUGUGCCCACAUGAGCGAUCUUUAAACCCGAAAGGUUCCUCGAACUGAACAGUAGAUAUCCAUCAAACUUUUGGCUGACAUACGUUUGUGCAUGUGUGUGUGUGUGUGCGCGCACGUGUGUGUGGGACAGAUGGCGUGCCCUGUCCGUGGUGGGUCGCAGGGAAACGAGCCACUCGAUGAGGUUCUGCGAUGGCUCUCCAGUGAGGUAAAAUUGAGUUUGGCCUGUCUGCAGAGCUAAUCAGCUCUGUCUGGCCUGAAACCCGACCACUCAGACAUGAAAGACAGAUGACGCUGUAACAGAGCAGGGUGGGAGUCACCAGCAGACGGCAUUCAAAUACUGGCAUUAGUGAUGGGUGUGUUAGCCGACUGUGGCUGCAUAGUCAGCUAUCAGUGGAAGAGUUUGUUUCUGCUGUAAUAAAUUUUCAGUGUUUGAAAAUAUUCAAUCGAAUUCAGUUUUAUUUAUAUAGCACCAAAUCACAACAACUUUCGCCUUAAGGCUCUUCAUAUUUUAAGGUAUGGACACUACAAUAAUGCAGAGAGGACCAAAACAAUCAGACGAACCCCUUUCAGCAAGCACUUGGCGACAGUGGGAAGAAAAAACUCCCUUUUAACAGGAAGAAACCUCCAGUAGAACCAGGCUCAGAGAGGGGCAGCAAUAAACCUGCAAAGUUUGAAGGAGACUAGAUGAACACUUGUCAAGAUGGAAGAAACAGAUGUCCAUAGAGACGUUUCUCACGUGCGUCAGUCAGAUUUUUCAUUUUGCAUUGGACGAUAACAACCCAUUAAAAAUGUUUAGGAGACUGGAAAACAUGUGAAAUAAGCUCCUGGUGGAACAAUUCAGGUGGAGUAAUGAAGUUAUUUAUUUUUUUUAAAGAUAAAUAUGUGCUUAUAAAACAUUUGUAAUAAGUAAAAUUCAGAGAGGGUUCAGUUCCAGUUAAGGGAAAUGGAAAAUUGUAGGUAUUUGUUGUAUUUCAUCCUCUGUAUGCAAAGCCAAAGGAAAAGCCAAACCCCCUCACCAAAAAACUUUGAACAGGGUCCAGAAACACUGCUGCCUUCCAUGGUCCAAACGUCUCCUUAAGAAUGCACUGAAGCAAAGUGAAAAACUGUCCUUUUGUCUGACCAAUCAAAAAUUUGGAUUUCUUUAUGUUAAUUUAUAGGCCUUGCAUCAUCUGGGUUACAGAGGAGAGGGGCCACCUGGCUUCUUAUCAGCACACAGUUAAAAAACAAACAAAAAAACCCAGCCUGUUUGAUGGUACGGCCUCAUUGAUAAUACCAAGCCAAUACAUUGUACUGUAUGUAUAUUACAGCAGCCCUACACCUGUGAGCCAUUGGACUACAUCUAGCAAGAUUUGAAACGUCAAGGACAAGAAUGGGGUGGUGGUGGUGCUCCGUCAGUGUCCAGGCGUUGCUGUCAACACUGCAGUUUGUCCCAAACAACAUGCUUGGGAACUGGAGGAUGGGGGUUCUUUUUAAAAGUGUCGCGUGCAUCAUUUGUCAUUUGUCGAUAUUAUUUAAAAUAUUUAGGAAAGUCUGCCUGCUGGUGAGCAUUUGCAGCUUUUGUCUGUUUAUAUGGAUUGUGCUGCUGGCUGCACUAAAUGGCCUGUGUGCCAGAAAACAGGAGAAUGAAUCUAUACUCUGAACAUUUCAUGGUUGAUGAUCAACAAGAAUCACAUUUAUAUACAGUAUGUAUGCAAUUUUCCAUUUCUCACAAUGGCCAAGAAAUAGUAAAGCCUUCCAGAGUUUAUCAAUUGUGCCACUUAAAGUUUUUACAUGACGGAAAAAAACAUGUUAAGAAGUUUCAACUAUGCUCCCUGUGGAUCUUCUCACAGUGACAUUGGCAUGGAUUUACACAGUAAACUCAAAGUGUGUGUGUGUGUGUGUGUGUGUGUGUGUGUGUGUGUGUGUGUGUGUGUGUGUGUGUGUGUGUGUGUGUGUGUGUGUGUCACUUUUAGCUUGUGGUUUAAGGUCCCAUAAACUUCCUGGUCAAGUGGGUUUGACCCUGGUGUAAGUUAUUUUGUUUGACCUCUGACCCGAUGUGUGCAGUGUGUGUGCACGUGGGUGUCUGUCCAUGACCUUUCAGGCUGGUAUAUUGUUGCUCACGGCCCUCUUUACGUGUGUUGUGUGUGUUGCUAUAAACAGCAGGAGGCGUGUAACCUCAGCCUCAGCCUGGAGAGAGAUGAGAGGGAAGUGGAGGGGGGCGGCAAGGUGAACUAAGUUUCAUGAUGGAAAGAUGAAACUAGGUAAAGGGAUGCGUGGCGUAGGAUUUUAAACUUUCCAAGGACCCUGGCGGUAAAAACAUCGACUAAAAAAAGUCGAAAAGACAAAUUGAAGACUCAAAAAGUGAGCUCAUUAUCUCUUCCAAUCUUUUCUCUCAUCAUAUUUGGGAUUCUGUAAUAUCUGUAAUCAACAUAAACUCAGAAAGAGCUCUUUGUUAUACUGAUGAGUGCCAAACUGCAGCAUGAGGCUGGAGCAAACAUCGAGCAGUAACGUUUAGGAAAAAAAAGGUCCUGGAGCUCGUCUUCAUAGUUUACAUUUUGUCUUCCUCCUUUGUACCCGUGUGUGUGUUGGAGUGCAUGCACCUCAUACUUGGCGUGCACACUGGGCUGGCCUGUGCUCUACACAUGAGCCUGAUUAUGACUCAGUAUUGCAUUACUGACAUUCCUCCAUAGCUCUCGCUCUUUUCUCUUUCUAUUCCUCUCCGCCCCCCCUCCCUUCUUUUUCUUUAUCGGCAUGUUUCUUUUUCCUCCUUCCACCUCUGCUGAGGCUGGCCAGAUUUGCUGAGCAACCUACCCGCCUAUCCAUCCAUCUAUCCAUCAUUUCUAGCCCUCCCUCGAACCCCUCCACCCCUUCACUCCCACCCCAAAGACUGUUUGCCCAGCCGGCACGUGAUCCGCGCAGCUUCAGAUCGAAUCACCCCAACUUUUCUUCCUUUUUUUUCCCUUUAAGACUUCCAGCUGCCUUCUCAGCGACCCUUGAAGCCGUCAUUGUGCGUUACACAUGUUGCUCUGGUCCUAACACCGUCUCACAGUAUUUCACGUACAGCUGAGGGGGAGGAGAGGAAGAGGAGGGAGGAUAAGCGGGAGGGAGGGGUUAGAAAUUGAAACCAUUAGGCAGCUCAAAGAAAAUGUCAGUGUGUGUGUGUGUGUGUGUGUGUGUGUGUGUGUGUGUGUGUGUGUGUGUGUGUGUUUGUGUUUGCUCAGUGAUUGGCUUAGUAGUUUGAGCUUGUUCUUUCUGUCCUCGUGCAUGUGAGGAGGUGUGGGUGUGUUUCAGGGAGAGGGACUGCUACUUUUGGUGCGGCGCCAUCAGUAAGAGGAGCUGACAGUGUUUUGUUUUUGGGAAGUCGGGUUUGGAUGAGAGGAUUGAAAAGCAACCCUGAAGAUAAGAAUGGUAGCGUACGUGACAGGUAGCAGCUCACCGUUUUAAAAAUCCCACACUGGGUUAAUCCCGUGUGAGGAGACGAAGGGAGGGAGGGGAGUGGUGGAAGAGGAGGAGGAGGAGAGGAGCUACUGUUCAUACCACUCCUCGCAGCUCAGUCUUUAUGCUGCCCAGGACGAGAAGACGGGAGAAGUCGGGGGCUGUCUCUCUCGCUCUCUAUCCCUCUCUCUCUUCCUCUCUCGUCCUUCCUCUGUCACUUCCUCCCCCUUCUUUCCUCUAACCUCUCUAGCGCUCUCCUUGCCAAUCCGUCCCUCCCUCUCUCUCUCUCUCUCUCUUCCUGACUUCCUCUCCUCUCGCCUCCUGUUUCCCUUCCCCUCCCCUCUCCCUCUCUCUCUCUCUCUCGCUCGCUCUGUCCCUGUGUGUCACUGGAGAGCCUCUCAGUGUGAAAAUGCCAUCCUGCUCUCCAGACUGUUGCCUCUUACAGGCUGUGGAGAUAGUGAAGGUGUGGAGCGAGGAUGGGGCCGGUAAAGUCGUGGAGAUCCCGGCCGACAUGACGGCUCGAGAUGUGUGCCAGCUGCUGGUCUACAAGAGCCACUGCCUGGACGACAGCGCCUGGGCGCUGGUGGAGCACCACCCCAUCCUCGGCAUUGAGAGAUGUGUGGAGGACCACGAGCUGGUGGUUCAGGUUCAAGCCUCCAUGAGCGGUGACAGUAAAUUCCUCUUCAGGAAGAACUAUGCCAAAUAUGAAUUCUUCAGGAACCCCCUGAACUUUUUUCCGGAGCAGAUGGUGGCUUUUUGUCAGGAGUCUGAUGGCUCAAUUCCUCCGUCACAGCUCUUACAGAACUUUCUGAACUCGAGCAGCUGUCCAGAGAUUCAGGGCUAUCUGUAUGUGAAAGAGCCUGGACGCAAGUCCUGGAAAAAGCUCUACAUGUUCCUGCGCCGCUCCGGCCUUUAUUACUCCACUAAAGGAACAUCCAAGGAACCCCGGCACCUGCAGGUACUCUCAGACCUGGAGGACAGUAACGUCUUCACCGUCAUCACGGGCCGAAAACUUUACAACGCCCCCACAGACUACCAGUUCUGCAUCAAGCCCAGCAAAGUGAGGAGCGACUGCAAGGAACUGAAAAUGCUGUGUGCGGAGGACGAGCAGAGCAGGACUUGCUGGAUGACCGCCUUCAGGCUGUUCAAAUACGGGAUAGUGCUGUAUCAGAGCUACAACGUGCCCCAGCAGAGGAAGUCUAACCUCUCGCCUUUUACUGCGCCUGUGCGAAGCGUAUCUGAGAACUCCCUGGUUGCCAUGGACUUCUCCGGGCGGACCGGUCGCGUCAUCGACAACCCCAUCGAGGCCCAGAGCGCCGCCCUGGAAGAAGGGCAUACCUGGAGGAAAAGGAGCCAGCGUAUGAAUGUCCUGGGCAGUCCCAGUCCCCUGCAUCCAUCUUCUCUGAGCACAGUGAUUCACAGGACACAGGUGUGGUUUCAUGGUCGUAUCAUGAGAGAGGAAGCCCACAAAAUGAUGAUACAACAAGGCCAAGUCGAUGGGUUAUUCUUGUUGCGGGACAGUCAGAGUAAUCCCAAGGCAUUCGUGCUCACCUUGUGCCACCACCAGAAGAUCAAGCACUUCCAGAUCCUACCGUGUGAGGAGGACGGUCAGGUGUUCUUCAGCCUCGACGACGGCGCCACCAAGUUCACCGACCUGAUCCACCUGGUGGAGUUUUACCAGCUUAACAGAGGAGUGCUGCCCUGCAAGCUCAAACACCCAUGCACCGCUGUGGCCUUGUGACACUCCUCCCCCCCAAACCUUUCUUUGCACACCUCUCUCCCUGAGAUCCCCCUCCCUCCCCUUCUGUCCCCUUUACCCCUUCCCUUACCAACGCAGUGGGGGUUGAGGAGAUGGAGAAAAGUUACGUCCUGUUUUGCGGAUGUGAACAACUCUGCAGGAGCCGGGACUGGAAGUUGAUGUCACCCAGUGGGUAACGUUCGUCUCCACCUUACUGCUGCUCGGUUGUUUGAACGAGAGCUGUUGGGACAGGCCAAGUGUCGAAGACUGUGGACUCCUGCGGUUGUUUUGUUAUUGGUGUUCAGACCCCAGAGAAAGACCAGCGUGAUGUGAAACCACAAGACGGCUACAGUAUGUUUCCAGUGGGUCUCUUGGAUGGAUCCCUUCCUUUAGAGUCCCAAACCCUUCAGCCCCACCCACCUUCCCCAUCCUCCAGGCCUGAUAAGCUGUGGUGCCCGCCCUGUCCUCGAUACCGAGGUGGGCGGGGAGCGCCACCCUCUGACUUCCUCAAUGAUCAUCAGGGAUGGACGGGAACCUCCCUGGGUCCCAUCAAACUUGAUCCAGGAGUUUUCUCAACCUGUGCAGUCCAGUCUGGAUAAGCUGACACCCUGCCCUCCAACCCCCGGAAACACCUUAGCGGGGCAUGACGUGGCAUCGCUGCCGUGUCCCGACCCACAGACCCCUGAUGCAACCCCAAUCCCGCCUCCACACGAGCUCAGAAAAAAGUCGGGAGAGAAACGAGAAGUCGCUGAAAGGCAAGACGAGCAGAGCAGGGGCGAGGGUUUGCUGAAAGGACAGAGGAAUGUUUAUCAGGAAGGCUGUACAAGCCUCUCUUGUAGAGUUGAUUACUUGAUGUCAUUUUAAUGCUGUUUUAUUACUGUUGAUUCAAUGAAGAACUUGUUUUGCACUCCCGAGCGGACAGACGACAGCUCUUUAGCUAAGAGAAGCUGCCUCCUCUUCCUCCUUCACUCCCCUUCUGAAAAGCACGCAUGCGAAUUUCCAUCAGCUCUGACUGGAUUACGGUGGUGUGGGAGCACAGUCACAUCAUGCAGUGCUUUCCAGUAAGGUUUAAGAACAUCUAACUAACCCCCCCAGCCUUGUGUGUCGUACCAACAAGACCACAACAGUUAAAAAACAUGAAUGUGCUCUUGAACCAGCUGUAGGUGUCUCAAGACUUUAAGGAAGAAGAGGAAGGUUGUCAAAUAGACUCACUUAAAAGUGUGUCGAACCCCAAGCUUUCUACCAUUUCGGUCUUUUUUUUUUUUGUCAAUCAAAUUGGUUAUUUUAUCUGUUGGUGAAUUUGUCUUUGAAUGUUUUCCUUUUACUAAAUAAUUUCCGAGCUCUCUGCUUGCACAUUUUUAAAAAUCAGCCUGAUUUGUUGUCGAUGGGUUGGAGCUGUCGUGUUUGGAUUCUGACCACUGUUCCCUCGUUGAAAGCAACAAAAGCACUCUUGAAACUUUUGUUAAAAAAAUUUAAAAUAUGGAAUUUGAACAAAUGACUUGAAACGUGAACUCAGUUGUCUGUGUGUCAACAAACAGUCAAAUGAGCUUCACUCGCCUUAAGUGAAAAUUGUGAGCCUUGUGUAUAACAUUGAAGCUAUGUUUUAAAAAGAAAUGCACAUAGAGUAACACGUUUGGGGAAAAAAAUUUUCAGGGGUGGUGGAAGAACAUCAUGGAUGGGGAGAAGUGGUGGGAGAUUUUGGGAAACGGUCCAUUUUUGCUUUCUUGUUAAGAAAUGUAACACUCUUACAGGAUCUGUACAUUAAAAAUGAGGCUAAUGCUAGCGUGACUAGCAGUCUUGGCUCUGUACAGAGGUUAUAAAAUCUGCCUACAGCCACCUCUAAAGCUCAGUAAUCAAUAUGUUUUAUCAUGCUGGAAACAACAGUUUGUGAAAGGUAUCUGAUGUUUUUACUGAGCUUGGCUAGCUGGCUGCAGACUGCUAGCUAGCAUCACACGUAACUAGCUAGCUUCUCAUCCCUGCCUUCUUCCCUAACAGGAAAGCAAAAAAUAUAUUUUCCAAAAGGUCUCAAAGAUUCCUGUAAAGUAAAAAUCCAUUAGAACACAACUUCGAAAACAUGUACUGGUGAUGCAAUCUCAGAUCUGGACAAAAUGUCAGUCAACUCUGUAUUUAGAUGUUUCCAUUAGCUGCAUGAAGUGUUUGAGCACCAUUGCUGAACAUCAACAGGGUCGCUAAAUUACAAUCAAGCAGAAAGGGCUUCUUUCUUGAUUUCACAACCAAUCCAUCAAACAACAAAUCCACCGCUACAGAGACAUAGGAAGCUAACAUUACAGAGGGGUUUCACUUAGUUUAGUAGUACCAGGUCAUUGUUUGAGCAAAUUAAGGGCCAGCAAAUAUUUGUUUUUGUUUUUUCAUUUUGAAAAAGUAAAAGUAUUCAAUUAUUCAAGCUUCUCAAAUAGCAGGUUUAGUGAACUGAACCUCCAAUUUCAGAUUGUUGUACUAGCUGUCACGUUUGGUUCUUGAGAUUUUUUUGCAUUCUUUAUUUUUUGUAGACACGUGACCCCUAACCAUGUGACAUUAACUUGUCGGCCAUUUUGGAUAUGUGACAAUGUAGGAUAAAGUGAACAAGGCCCCAAUCACACAAGCCUAUAGACUGGUCUGCAACCAGUUGGAAACCACUGGUCAUGAUGGGGAAAUAAGUAUUCCUUGAAUGCUUGCAAGUAGUUAAUGGAGGUUGAUGGUUUUCACUCAAAAAAUAAAGUCUCAGUCACACAGGCCUUCCGAGUGGUCAGUGACCCCUAUUUUUCCCCAAUGACCCACCUGUCAGUAUGGAAAACAUUUUGUAAACUGUAAAAAGUGCAGCAAAAAAAAAAAAAGGAAACAAGGAAUAUUUGCUUUUAUGUAAAAGUUGUCCUUUUUUAAAACAUGCUGGUUGUAAAUCUCAAGCACAACUUUUACUUUGAAGAAUGAAUCCUCUCCAUCUCUGGUUUGUGUGGCCGGUUUUCACAGUUUACUACUGCUCAGAGAGUAAUUACAAAGAUCUUUCAGACAUACAUGAAACGCAGAGAUGCAAAUGUGCUAGCAACCAAAGGAGUCAUUGGAAGGUUUUCAUUAUAGCACCUACUUUGCAACUGAUUUCACCCAGCGAGAGCCACCAACCUCCUGGAAACAUUAACAACCAGUCGGUAAAUACGUUUCCCUGACAACCAGUGACAACCAUAUCGUUUCUAACUGAUGCCACGUGAGAGAUCUCAGUACACCAAAAUUUAACUAAAAUGUUCUAAAUUGACUAAAUUGGAUAUUAGCGAUGUUAGUCUGUAAGUCUAACUGCUGUGAUAGUAGAUCUCAUGGAAAACAGUUGUCACAUGAAUGUGUCCGAAAUGUGUUAGCUUUUUACUGUUUCGGUUUCCUUAAUUUUUUGGUUGAACCCUAGCUUUAUACUAGAACAUACCACAUGUAUGUUACAGAGAAGGAGUUUAGGUGGCUAAAUGCUAAACACAGAACCUUAAUCCGAUAUGCCCAAAAUUAGCAUUCAUGGUUCAAAACUUCUGAAAAUGGCAUCAGUUUGUGAAUCAGUCGGUAUCAUAACCUUUUUUUCCCCCUCCACCCUUCCCUUCAUUUUUUUUGUCAUUUGGUCCCAUUAUUGGCUUUUUGUUGAGGGAACCAGGGUAACGCUAACUUUUGGAUUCACCUACAUAGGAUCAUCCCUUAAGCGCUCCUUAAGCAGUCUGGAAAAUGAACUGAAAACAACACAUAGCAGGUAAAGCAGAAAAAGUUGGUCUACUGAAAAAAAUGAGCUGUCAUCAACCAGUUCAUGACAUGUAGGAGAAAAUGCCAAUAGUUGAUGCUGUUGCCAGGUCUCUAAAAAUGAAUCUGUAAUAGUCAGCAUAGAGAUCAGUUCCAAAAAAUUAGAUUCACAUAGAAAUUCCACUCUAAGUAGCUUAAACAGAUCACGAGUUAGUUUAUUUUUUACCUUAUUUAUAGUAACAGGAAAAAGAUGCCCAGGAAAGGAGACGAGGAAUCCUUUUGUCAUUCCUACUGUCACGUGACCAACUGAACGCGUGUGACAUAACACCUGCUUUAGCUUUGUGCUGCACCCGUCCCACCCUCACCUGCAGUUUCCAUCCAUCCUAUCCCAGAUUCACAGGGUUAGAAUGAGGUCGCCAGACUCUAAGCACCGACACUGAUACACACACAGACACACACACAAUCCACUGCCGCCACCAGCCAACUAAUCGCGUGACUUAAACGACUCACCAGCUCUGCACUCCACCAAUCAGGCCUUUCUGGUCAGUCAGGUCAGACUCUCUCCAGGGAUUGGAUAAUGCUUGAAUCCCCCGCCCCCCUCUCCCACCUGUGUCCAGCCUGUAAGCUAUAUGACCCUGUGGUAAAUGUGUGUGUUUGUGUGCGGAUGACCAGACUGUUAUAUUCACCCUUCAGGAACUCUGCUGGCUAACGCGCUUGCCCUUUUAGAGGCGGUAAGAAGACAGUCUGGUAAAGUCGGGGGGUAAGCUGCAGAUUUAGAGGAGACGGGAGUUUGACUGGAAGUUUCCCAGCAUUCCCGGUCAUCAGUUUAGGUUCUUCCCUGUCUGACAGAGGAUGAAAGCCACGUCACUAUGGGUCAGCGGGGACAAAAUCACCGUCCUCCCUGCAUUUUUUUUUUUUUAAAGUCACUGUGCUACAAUGCAAUCAUUCACAGAAGUCCAAUCAUAUGAAUAUAUACCAGUAUAAAGUAUCUUUUGUUUUCAAAGUAUGUGAAGCUAUGGAGAAGAUGUAGAUCUAACACUGUACCUAGGUCACAGAUCACUAUGUAUGGGCUGUUAUGCUUUUGCUCAUAACUCCAUGUAAAAUGAAGAAUGAUUUGUUUUUUCCUUUUUUUUAUUAUUUGAUUGUGUGUAUGACUUUAUUGUGUAUUGUCUUUGGUUUGCCACAAAAUGACAUAUACCACAGCAUAUACAGUAUUAAUUAAAUUAAACAUUUUUUUUAUUUUAAGAAAUCAAACUGGAUUUUUGGCACGUGUCAAAUUUCUGAACUUCGGUUGUGUUUAUAAGCUGACAGGCUGUCGGAGUCUUCAUCUCUGCCAGGUUUCAACUCUUUCAGUAUUCCCUCUCUGUCAUUUAUACUCCAUGUUUGGAUAUUAAGCCCACACACACACAGAGCAUUGUUUUUUGAUGGAGAGCGCACAUGCUAAUUCUUAAGCUUUUCAUCACAAGUAGUGCAAUUAUAAGCUGUAGCUCCAGAGGAUUGUGCAUCUCAUUAUAAUGUCUAUGUUGUCUGAUUAUUUUUCUUAAAGGUGCGUAACAUUUUUUUGUGUAUUCUCUCGCAGCACGUGCCUCUUUCUGAAACGGUCACAGCUCCCUAGUUGCCGUCCGUCCACUCUCACACUGCAUUUCAAAUUAGCUGUGACUGUGAAAUGCAACCUUAGCAGAACUAAAUGCUAAUGUGGACGUCACACGUCAGUCCCACUGAACAUUGGUGACUUACAGUAUAGGUGCAAGUGAAGCUAACUCAGUGUUUUUAUUGCUGGGUCAAAGUCAUCAUAAGUUGAAGUCAAAUAAAAAAUUUCAGGGAGGAAAAAACAAAAACAAAGGAUCAAAUGAACUGUAAUAAUUUUUCUCACAUACACCCCUCCACUGUGCUUUGCUUCAUUCUGUCUGUGCGGCUCCUGGAUCUACAUUGUAUCCUGUUCAGGUAUUUUUGUACAAAUAAGGGACUGAUAUAUUCUCUGUUUAUUGGAAAUUAGAAUAAAAGACAACAUUGCUAUAAACCAAA